UUAUUGUUGAUAUUUGGUACAAGAGAAUAUUUAAUCCACUUACCUUCAAAGUCCCUUACCAUUUACUUAAAAUAUAAACAGAAAUUAUUUUUUUGCUUAUUUUUGGCUCAAUUUAGGUUUUUACAAAUGAAUAGAAUUUUUGGUUCAUCAAAGCCAAAGGCACCUCCUCCGAAUUUGACCGAUGCUAUAACAACUAUUGAUGCACGUGGUGAGUCAUUGGACAAAAAGAUUGCACAACUAGACGGUGAACUUGUUAAAUUGCGUGAUCAAAUGAAAAAAAUGCGAGAAGGGCCAUCAAAAAAUCUUGUCAAACAAAAGGCAUUGAGGAUAAUGAAGCAGAAGAGGACUUAUGAGAACCAGCGUGAUCAAUUAUCGACACAAUCUUUUAAUAUGGAACAGAGCAACUUUGCUAUUCAAUCAAUGAAGGACAAUCAGGUUACUGUUGCGGCAAUGCAAUCUGGACUCGUAGCAAUGAAGAAAGAACAAAAGAAACUCAAUAUUGACAAAAUUGAAAAUCUUCAAGAUGAUAUGGAAGAAAUGCUUGAAAUGAAUAAUGAAGUUCAGGAUGCCCUCUCAAGACAAUAUGACACUCCUGAUAUUGAUGAGGCAGAUCUUGAAGCCGAACUCGAAGCUUUGGGAGAUGAACUGAUAGCUGAUGGAGACACUAGCUACUUGGAUGAGGCCAUUUCUGCGCCAAGUGUUCCAACUAAAGUUCCUGGAGCUCCGACGGCUGUUACCGAUCAUGGUGUCCCUGUUGACGAAUUUGGACUUCCAAAAAUUCCAGCGACCUAA